AUGCAAGGUGCUGGUGCUGAAUUGAAGUUAUGGAGGAAACUGGUCAAAGAAAAGCAUCCAUUAUCGAAGGAUUAUGCGGACUCAAUCGUCACCACAACGCUGCUGGAAGGAGAUCGGAUUAACGCGAUCAAGCAAGCAGUAGCACUUGCUGAGCGUGAAGUGAACAGAUUGAAAAAUGAGAACAAAAUGUUGAGCACAUUCAGUGGGAUUUCUGCAGAAAGAUGA